AUGGGCUACACAUCCGAGGGUAGCGGCGAGGGCAGCGACAAGCGGGUCAAGCGUAGAGCCCCAAAAAAGUCGCCAUCCGUAGUGAGGAGAGCAUGUGACGCCUGUAGAAGAAAGAAGGUGCGAUGUGAAGGGCCUAUGAACAGUCUCACCAAUGCCAAGUGCGCUCAAUGCGACCAUUUCGGUGUGAAUGCUCGUGUGUGGAAGAAGCAUCUAGGCGCAAGAAUCCAACAAAAUCGUGGCUACGACAGAAUGCUGGAACAAAGAUGCAGCCGGCUAGAGAUGAUGCUACAGGAGGUGUAUCCGGAUGUCAAUCUGGACGAUUAUGUCGGGCCUCCUCUUGACUUUGAGGAUUUUGACCUCGACUCUUACCAAGAAGAGCUCCGGGCCUUCUCCAUUCCCGGCUACCCAUCUCUCAAACCUCUCCACCCGGUCCCAUCACCCCUUCCUGCUAGCCCGUCGUCCCCAGAACCCAGUAACGCUCUGAUCGACUCUGUCAGCUUCAUCAGGGAAUCAGACCGAGGCAAGUCCCUGGACGAGAUAGAGCACACGGGCGAUGAUAGCGUCGUUGUCGUCAACUCUCUCCGCCGGCUCCAAUACCAGCAUGUCCGAUGGCGGCACCACGGCAGAACCUCCGGUUCUCAUCUCGUGCGCCACUACCAGGACUUGAAGCAGGAUGCGGGCGAGAGCGGCAACAUAUUUGAAAAGCUCAGCAAGGAUAAACGAGAGGAUUUCUGGCAAGUCCCAGAAUGGGAGCAGUUUGUCUCUGACGUCGGUCAGAACGCACUCGACUAUUUGAUAUGGCCCGAAAAUGGUCUCGACCAGCAGCUUAUCAACGCCUACUUUGAAACGUUCCCCUCCUCAAUCGGCAUAUCUUUCAGAAGGAGUACGACUCGGGCUUGUGGAAAAGCCAGCAGAGGUUUGGGUGUUGCGACCGGGACGUUCUGGCCACGAGGGCUUUCCGCGACGCAAGGUCAGAACAGGGACUAUGACGAGCAAUGGCUGCCUUACUCGGCGGGGUGGAAGUACCUGCGUAUGGCGCUGCACAUGGGGCACAAUCCCCUCUACAUGCCAGAUUUGCACGAGCUUCAAAGUCAAGUCCUCAUAUGCUACUUUCUCCAAUCCAGUACCACACCCCAGAUGAGCGCCCACCUUGCUGGAUCGGCCCUGAGCUCGUCGCAAGAAAUCGGCAUCCAUCUCACCACUGUACUUGAAAGGCUUGAGCCCACCGAGCGAGAGCUGUUCAAGCGAGCUUUCUGGUGUCUCUAUCAUUUCGAUAGGUUUAGCUGCGCUAUGGUGGGGAGAUCGGUGGCUAUGACGGACAACGACCAGGAUGCUCCUUUCCCAGAAGAUCCAGAGGGGAAGGGGAAGGUGUCAAAAGUUGCAAUGUUUAUCCAACUACUCAAGCUCGAUCAGAUCCUGGGCAAGGUGCUGUACUCUUCUAGACAAGAGGGUUCGCGGCAAGCGACGAGACGGACUUCUGCUAUCGAGCUCGAUCUGGCACUUGAAGAGUGGGCGGAUAAUGUCCCCGAGGCACUACGCUGGGACCCGAAUUGCUCCAAUUUCACAAUCUUCCAGCAAACGUCCUGUAUAUGGGGAUAUCACGGCUUUGUCAAGAUGCUCAUUCAUCGAAAAUUUAUCCCUCCCAAGCGCAAAGUGGGUACUAUCGACCAGCUCUCCUCCCUUACUUCUAUCAGCAAAGCGGUCCUUCAACGUGGUCGACAAGAAGACUGCCAACCUGGACACUGCCUCGACGUAUCGUUCAGACUUCUCUCUUGGCUAGCGGGGACCAUCCUUCCAGUCAGCAUAUACACAGUCGAGCAGACCGCUAUUGAGAGGCAAGCAGCAGAAGAUGGGAUCAGGGCGUGUUUGGCAGCGAGCAGAGAGUUGGAGAUCAUUUGGAAGCAGGGAGGAAAGUUUUUGAAGGAGACUGAGACGCCGAAUCCGAGAAGGUUGGGGGACGGGAGUGGAGGAGAUCCCAAGGGUCCCAAAGAAUCCAUGUACUUCACUCCUUCCACCGAGACCCGCGGGGUUUGUCUCGGUGGAACAGAGCUCUACAAGCCAUGA